UCUCUACUAUGUUUUCUUCUACCAUAUGCCAUCUUCCUACCCCACACUAUCAACUUUCCUCUGUCAAUUUUAUUUCAUAUUGUGUGGGUUUUUUCCUCGCAGGUCAUGCACCACAAGAUGGAAGAGGAAAGCAUAACAACAGGCCACACAAAUUGACAGAUAAAACACUGGUGUGUGGCCACAUAUCAUCUUUCCGGGGCAGACACAGUCACUAUGCAAUGGGGGAGACAAGAAAGUUGUACCUUCCAGAUACCUUGAAUGUCGCCAAAAUGCACCAGAUGUUUGUGUCAGUUCACCCUGAAACCAAGAUUAGCUAUGAAUCCUACAGGACACUGUUUAACACGAAAUUCAACAUUGGAUUUGGUUACCCACGGAAGGAUACUUGUUCCACAUAUGACGAAUUCAUCGUGAAGUUGCAGCAUGUGGAUGGUGACAUCGCCGAUGCCGAAAGCAACGGUAGAGAUGUUGCUGGUCUGAACAGCAAAAAAACUGAACUACUCACGAACCACGAGCUGCACAAACGCAAGGCCAGCACAUUCUACGCAAGGAAAGCUGCAGCUAAGGAAAGGGCAAGAAAAUGUGACAAGUUUGAAGCCAUCUGCUUUGACUUUGCCAAAAACCUACCAGUGCCAAACAAGUCCACUAAUGACGUUUACUAUCGCAGACAGCUCAGCCUGUAUACGUUUGUAAUCCAUGUAUUAUCAACUGAUGAAGUGUAUAUGUAUACAUAUGAUGAAACAGUAGCAAAAAAGGGUGCUGACGACGUUUGUUCAUUUCUUGCUGACUUCAUCCGCAGCCACAUUUCUGAAGCCGUGGACGAAAUCAGUUUCUUCUGCGAUGGGUGUAGUGGUCAAAAUAAAAACUACACAAUGAUUAGGUUCUUAUACAAUCAGGUACAUGAACGCAAGAGAUUCAAGUUGGUGAAAAUCACCUUUCCGAUAAGAGGCCACUCCUACAUGGAGUGCGAUAGAGAUUUUAGCAACGUCAACAUGACAAAGAAUGUAGACUUGCCAGAGGACUGGUUAGCAGAAUUUGCAACUGCCCGAUCACGUCCAACACCUUUCACGGUCAUCAGGGCUACACAGGACAUGUUCUUCGCCUACACAAAGUACUUUCGACCUUUCUUCAAAGCCGUAUGCCCUAUAAAGACACGCCCAGUCAGGGAGAUCCACAUUUUGGACUCUCGUCCAUUGCUUGUUCUCUACAGGGAUUCCUGGAAUGGUGGGUUUGUGUCUGCUGUAUUAAAAAAAACACGGACUCGGCGUGGGAAGAAGCAGCCACAGAUGUCUGUCCUUACAAAGUUGUAUGAAAAUGGUCCUCUGCCCAUCAGCUCAGAAAAGUAUAAAGACCUUCAAGUAUUGAAAAGGUUUUGCAGCCCUACAAAUCAUCAGUUCUUCGAUGAGCUCCCUCAUAAUGGAUCAGACACUGCUAGAGUGAACCCAGGUCAUGAACUCAGUGAUUUGUCGGAGAAUGAGGAUUGAAUUUGUUAUGUUGAAUCCCUUGUUUCAUUUUUAUGUUGCAACUGUAGCUUGUUUUAUUUUUCCUACUUUGUUCUUGUGUGCUGU